AUGUCUGGACCUCAACGAGACAAAAAGUGGCGCCAAACCUGGCAGAACACGGCACCGCGAGCCGAACUGUCUCGGCCUACGGACGCUGUCUUCGAAAAGGCCGAGGCUGCCUUGCUUGAUCCUGCCCGCGACGCCCGUGACAAGCGGUGUGCCGCUCUCGCCGGUGUUCCACAACAAGUUUCGCCCGAGUUGUGUCUCCCGAUGUGGAUCCCAGCCCGUGAGCUUACAGCCACGUUUUCCGAUACGGAAAUUAUGACUUCUCUCGGCUCGUCAACCCAAUCACCUUUGUGGUCGAAGAGUCUAGAACACUUGCGCGACUUCAAGGCUAUUCGCCACGCCGGUAUCAGCUUUGUUUGUACCGACCGGGAGGUUUGUACUAAAUUGGGGGGCGAAUUCGUGACCAUUUGUGGGCGCAAAUUCAAAGUCCAGACGUACUCAAAAUACUCCCACUGGUACUUUGUGGAUCUUCAACGACUUCCCGAUGAAGUUUCUGAUGGACUCAUUUACGACUGGUUUGCCCAAAAAGGCACACCACCGGUGUACAUCACACCGGCUCACGUCGUAGGUGGGCUUCGAUCCCGAAGCCGUCGAGUUUACUUUAACCAGAAAACACCCCCGGCUUCGGUUAUGCUGGAUAAGCGUACUCCGCUUCGCCAGAUUCGGUUUACUGGGCAAGGCUACUCGGUGGUUCAUCACCGAAACCGAGCGUUUAACAGCGUCAUUCCACCCUUUAUCAAGGAAUUACGUGAAAAAGCUAAACCAACUCGACAGUCCAAGCCAGCCCGAUCCAGCUUAAACGCGGACGAUACAGCCAGUAUCCCGCCUGCUUUUGACGACCAAAGCGACACCAGUGACCGUUCCGCCAUGGCCGACGACUCUGAGACAGAAAGUGAGCCACAUAGUGGGGAUCAUUCUGAACCGGACACCGAUCGACGUACCACGAUGGACGGUAUUGAGGCCGCAAUUGUGGCCCGACCCAAAUCGGUUUGGCCUCAUGGGAAAGUACCCAAAUUUCCGGUCGGCUCCAUUCAAGCCACCGAUUUUUCACCGGCUCGGAUUAUCAAGGCAAAGCGAAUGGUGUUUAGUGCCACCGCGGAUCCAGCGGUAGAUCUGCGACGCCUUCCUCCUUCCCAAAAGGAAUAUCCCCCAAUUUCCUCAAUCAACUCUUAUGAGUGGUUGAGUGAAGGUUUGAACGGACCCAUUCCGCCAGACCAAAAUGUCCUACUGUGGGACAAGUCAAUCGAGCCGCCGCAGUCUGUGGCUUCAUUUGUGGCACUCACUGAAGUAAGUGAAGCUGUUCUUAAUGGGGCCGUCUAUCGAGGCAAUGUUGAGCAACUUUCCCUUAAAGAGCUCUGCAAAGUCAUCGAAGACUUUUUGGGCACUUUUACCCAAAUCAAUGAUCCAGACAUUUUGUUGUCGACGGUUCAAGCUCAACCCAGUUUUCACCGGGUCUUGCUUGAUUCAAGCACGGAGGGAAAUUUUCACCACCUCCGCACCAAGGCUUUUGGGCACGCCGUACUCCGGGAACUGAGUACACGUACCUACCCGUCAACUGACGAUGGUAAAAUGUUUGACCGGGUCUCCACUCUAUACCCCAACCAGUCCGACUAUGACUUUCAGACCGUAUUAGGGCAACUGUGUCCGGAACAGUCCCAAUACUGGCUUAAGUUACGACUGGCCGAGGCUGAUCUAGCUCUGCAAAUUAUUGCACCUAGUAUUUAUUUGGACCCACUUAAAUUAAGUGCCGUCCUUGGGAGGGCAGUCUCGGCACUGCCACACCCAAUGUGGCUACUCUGGGAUGAUUCGACUUUGGCUGCCAUCAUCACGUCGCCCUUAAUGGCGCGCAUUUUGGCCGGGCCUCUUCCCACUGACCUUCGCGAGACAUUUAACAGUCUACGAGAGCAGGCCACUAAUGUGACCACCCCAGUUCCCACUCAUCUCUGA